CAGAGAAUCAAAGAUACAGUUCUUCACCUUUUAGCUCUUUCUGUGUCAUGGAAAUAAUACUUCUGAAAAAAUUGAUUUUCUCAAUUUAUAGUUGUAUUUUUUUGUUUGAUUUAAUUAAAAUAUACAGAGAAAAAUGGAUUCGGUAUCUCAUGAGUUUUUUUAUGGAUGCUGCAGAUUGGCGCCGAAGCUUGUGACGAUGGUGGAACAGGACCUGAGUCUGGCGGGGUCAUUUUUAGGGAGGUUUGUAAAGGAAAUACAUUACUACUCUGCGCUAUUUGAUUCACUGGGAGCGAGCUAUGGAGAGGAGAGUGAGGAGCAGCAUGUGGUGGAGCAGCAGCUGCUGUCGAGGGAGAUACGGAAUGUUUUAGCGGUGGGAGGGCCAUCGAGGAGUGGGGAGGUGAAGCUUCACCAACGAAAUGUGACUGUACCUAUUAUUACUUAUUGCUAUAAUUUGAAUUCUGAGUUCAUUAUCAAAUUUAAUUGAUUAUAUCAUUAGGAAUGUCUGCUUUUCACGACAGUUAUUUCAUGUUGUAUUUUAGGGUAAUGGGGUUUGAAUGAGGUUGCAGUGAGUUAACGGAAUGAUGAAUUGCAGAGAAGGGGCUCAUGAGGUGAACUUGAAACUUAACGGAAUGAUGACGUCGAUCUUAACAAAGGGGUUGAUUUGCC